CACCUCCGAGCCGCCGGAGGAGCCGCGCCGGCUAUCGCCCCGUCGCCGCGGACGCCGCUUCGAGCCCUCCGCGCGACGCGAGUAAAGGGAUGGCGCUCCUGCCACACCUUGCAUGCGUCGCUGCAGCGAGCGGUGCUCUGGCUGCGUACCGCUUCUUGCUCAUCUGGAUGGGCUCCAUAUCCGAGUACACGGACUACACAGCCGCGCAGCUGGGUGUCGCUGUGGCCUACGGGCUCGCCAUCGCCGCGUGGUUCGGCGUGGAGGUUGGGAUGUUCCUCUCUCCACGCCUCGGCUACGGUGGCGUGCCGAGUAGUGAGGACGCGGGGCUCAAAGGGAUAAAGGUGGCGAGCGAAUCGGGCGGCGAGGACGCGUCCGUGCUCACGACGGAGGACGAGUCGAGCAGGGACUCGAUCUCUCCACCCGAGCCGGUCAUAUUUGGCAUCAGAUCCUCGGGCCUGGCCGCCCUGCGUGCCGCCGCCGAGUUUUCCGCAAUCAUGGGGUACGUCUACCUGUGCGACCGGACGACGCUGUUCGCCAAGGGGCCAAAGACGGUGUCGCCGACGAUGUUCUGGGGCCUCUGCGCGGCCGUGCUCACCGUCGGACUCUGCACCCUCCGCCUCGCCGGCAAGAAGGGCGAGGUCGUGACGGCGCCGCUGCAGCGCGACCAGACAGAGGAGUGGAAGGGUUGGAUGCAGCUGCAGUUCAUCUUUUACCACUACUUUGCGGAGGGGGAGAUCUACAACGCGAUCCGCCUCUACAUCGCCGCCUACGUCUGGAUGACCGGCUUCGACAACUUCUCCUAUUACUACAUCCGGAAGGACUUCACGCUGCCGCGCUUUAUGCAGAUGAUGUGGAGGCUCAACUUCUUCGGCCAGUGCGCUACUUGCGGCGCGCAACGCCUGCUCAAGUACGCGCACCGUACCAUGUGCUGCCGCUAUGCGUGCCUUAAGGCGGCUGCGGCGAAGCGGCGGGCGACGGUCCUGCUCUACGACGUGCCCGGCGUCUUCCACGCCGUCUUCAAGCCCACCGCCGGCUUCCACGACCCUCUGCACCCAGAGCUCACCGGCGCACGCCGUCCAGGAGCUGCCUCGGAGCCAGCGCUACCCCUGCCGCGUAGGCACCCCGAGUUCACCGACUCGCUUCACGAGUGGUUCUUCCGCUCCGGCCUCGACCACUUCGUCUGGAUCUUCGGCAUGCUCUGCGCCUACUCCUUCCCGUGGUACGACCGCCAGCUGCAGGCGAUCGAGGACUUGCCUUCGGGCAAGCGGGCCCUCGCCAAGGCGGCGGUCAUCGGCGGCGCCCUCGCCGUCGGCGGCUGGUACGUGCACACCUACUUCCUCCGCCCGAAGCGCGAGUACAACAAGGUGCACCCGUACACGUCGUGGAUCCCGAUCGCCGUCUUCCUCGUGCUGCGCAACGCGACCGCGGGCCUGCGCGCCCGGUACAUGCACCUCUUCACCUGGUGCGGCAAGGUGACGCUCGAGACGUACAUCCUGCAGUUCCACAUCUGGAUGAAGUCGACCGGCAUCAACGGCUCGCCCAAGUUCCUCAUGGUCUGGCUGCCCUCCUUUUGGCUCAACAUGGCCGUCGUCUCGGCCGUCUACUUCGUGCUCUCGUACCGCGUCUUCAAGAUCACCGUCGUGCUGCGCGACGUCGCCGUCCCGAAGGACAACCGCGGCAUCUUCGUCAACAGCGUCAUCAUGGCGGUUGCGACGGCCGCCUUCUACGCGGUGGGCGUCGCGCUAAAGGGCUAGCCCAACAACUCGCAGGGCGGGCCGAGCGGCGCCACAGGCUGCCCUCGCACGUGUGCUGGCGAGCGCGAUGUCGAACGCCUCGCGAAGCGGAGAGUUGAGCCACCACGCGCCCCCCAGACGUCACUCGUCACACGUCAGAGAGGCAGGAUAGAGGGUGUGUGGAGGGCGGUCAAGUGACGGAAAAGCGGGGACGCGACCCACCUCGCCACAGACGCGGUCCCGCGCCUCUCGCCGCUAAGUCUAACUCUAAGACCACAGUGGCAGUGGCA